UCCGUUCGGUCUCUUUCAGCUUUUAUUUUUAUUUAAAGGUAGUUAAAUAAAAAGCGAUUUAGCUAAAGUUUAUUAGGAUUUUCACUACCUUUCAUUAAAAUUAAACCUUAAUCAUGAAAAUAUAUCAAGUGCUUUGUCGCCGAAAUCUCAUGCCCAAUGGUCACAUAUUCAGAGGUAAAGAUCGCCUUGUUAAACAAGUAUUUCCGAAAGACUUGCGAAAAAUCCAGAAAGAUUUUGCUGUUGAAGAACAAAACAUGUUUUUUUUGAGACACCCAUAUCUUACGGAGGUAAUAAAUCAAUAUAAGAUAAAUGAGCACUUAUUCUUUGGUAUCGUUAUGACAAAGGCCGUAUCCAUUUUAAUACUAAUAUUUUUGUUCAGGCUGAAAGUUCUGGUCACGCAAAAGCACUCGGUAAAGCGGACAAGAGGAAAGCUGUAUUCGAAAAUGAAACGAGAAGAAUCUUCAAACAUGAUGUUACAUUAUAUGAGAGGCUUGGACAUUUAAGAGUUUCCGAAGGAUGGGAUUGAAAAUCGUAUCAAAGCACUUAGUUUAGUAAAAGUAGAUGAAUAUAAAUAAGAUUAUCUUCUUUAUUAUGUGUUUAUUCAACAAGCUUUAAAUAUAUGACAUACACUUAAAAAUAUGUCUCCUUUAUAUGUGAAUACUUAGAAACCUUACUUACAAACAUUGACAACUCGCCAUCUAUAUAAAUAAAUAUUUUCAAUAGCCACAAAUUUUAAGUACAUUUUGAACGUCUGCAAAAAUGUAUGUAAUACUGAAUAUGUUUGUUUAAUUUUCUUAGUGCACCUUUAAGAUAAGACACUACAGUGUUUAUAAUUCACAUUCAAUACAAUAUAGCUUCGUAUAGAUUAAGCAAAAUGAAACAAACAACAAUAAUUGAUAAAUACAGACAACAAAUCGCUGCUUAUAAACUAAAUGGUCAAACUCAAUUAUUAACACAUGUGCCUAAAGUCAUCCUUAUUUUCUUAUUUCACAAAAAUAUGUAGAUAUGUGAAAAAGAAAAUAUCACCAGCUUUAGGCAGACUUUUUAAUGAAUUGAUUUUUGCAAAAUUUUGAUUUGUGGUCCUUUAGCUUAUAAGCAAUGUAAUAUAUUACAUUUUUUUAUGAUAGAUAAACAUCAAACAAGCCAUUAAUCACAGGAAUACUGCUUAUUCUCUAAAAGUUAGUAUUGGAGCUUUAUUAUGAAAUCUACAUCAUAAAAUAGACUAUCAAAAUUACAUUCAACAUAACAUGUAAAUACUCUUUUUAAAAUUUUAAUAAAUGCUAUGCACUGAAGUAUUCAUUAUUACAAAUUUAGUUUCUGGUUAGUAAGAACAAGAAGUUGUUAUAAAAAUAAGAUAAAGUAACAAAUUUUCAUAAUUACACUUCACUCAUUAUUAUCACUUUUGAGUGUUGAACUACAGGUACAACACUAACAAUUUUAAAAAUUUAUUUUAUUAAACUUCAUAAUAUGUUAUGAGUUAAUAUUAAUAUUAAACUUAAUCUUAAACACAUUAAAGUUCUACUAUCUACUAAACAUUUUUGUAUAAUAUGAUUAGACAUGUAUUGAAGUCAAUAUAAGGCAACAGCAGG